GUGAAACAUAGGCACUCAAUUACGCACACGCCACUCGACGAUAGCGUGUAUCAGAGCAACUCCCGACAUCUCGCGGAGAUUCUGUGCCAGAGCUCACUGCUAUCCCACCGCUCCUUCUAGGACCUUCUUACGUAGGACAACCAUGGCUUCGCUGGCCUCAAUUUGCUCGUCGCGUACUCAGGGAGUCUCGACGCGAGCUCAGUCCCGGCAAGCUGUGGUGGCCUCUGCUGUGCGGCCUGUGGCCGUGUGGACCCGGCCCACCCCCGACCGUGACGCGGACUUCAUCAAGCCCUCGUACAUUCCCACGCCGAUUCAGCCCUCCAUCACGCCGGGGCGCCAGGACUCCCCCAUUUACGCUCCGGUGACGCCAGAGUUUCGUCCUGCUGAGCUACCGGAGACGCCCAAGGAGCUGCCCAACGCCCCCAGGCUGCCGGAGCGGCGGCCGGAUGACAUCCCCGCGGGGAACCCCAAGGAGAAGCCCGGGCAGCAAGGCACUCCCGACCAGCGGGAGGCGCCCCCGUCCAAGGACCGCGAGUCAGCUCCCAAAAAGUAGAUAGUGGUAUGAGGUGGCGGGAGCGAAGGGCUAGGCUAGCGCAUACUUGAGUUGUUUCAAUUGCAUAGGAGAGCAGGCGAGUGUAAAGGCACGCUGGUCGCUGGAGGUGAAGGGCACGGGCGGUACAUACACUGUUGCGGUUGUGGCCAAUGACGCGGUUCGGUUACCGUGUGUAGCUGAUGGCCGAGGGACACUCGCGGCUUGGCCCAUGUUCAUUGGAGUGCGGAGGUACGGAGGCGCGCAGCGAAGCGGCUCUACAGCUGGCGAGGAUGGUGCAGCCGUGUAGAAGGGCAGGGCAGGGUGUGCGAUUGCAGGGCUGAGGUGCAACUGCAGGAGGACGCCAGGGCUAGAACAGCUCUUAUCAGGGGCCCAGACAUACCUAGACGGUGCUCUGUAUGCAGGGACGGCGGCAUGAUGCGAUGCUGCUUGCAUGCCUGCCUGCUGAUUGUGCCUGCUAGCUAGUCUGUCGGCGGUUCAGUUGAGAUUGUUUGGCGUGAGUCGUGUUGUUUGGCGUGAGUCGUGAACUGGCGUCGACUCGUCGAGUGUCUCUCUAACUCCUGAGGCGCACGGUUUGGUGUGUAUCGCACCGAACAGAACCUGCUUGGACUUCCUGACGCAACCUUCUCCCACGGCUUGUGUGCUCGCAUUACCGUCUACCGGACCUGCCAGCCCAGCCUAAUACCGUAUAACUCGCAGUCCCCC